AUGGGUCUUGCCAGCUACUUCAAGGCUGGUAAUAAGUCGGAACCUGCUCCUUCUCAACCAGGUCGACCGGCUUCCAGGCCCAGCCGGAGUCAACAGUCUUCUGCCUUGUCAGAGAAGCGACCGGCUUCUUUACAAAUCAACAGAAAUGACAUGGAACUUCAGCCCCCCACGUAUCGCUUCCACUCGAGGCCGCAAUCCAUGUCUGGUCGAUCCACGCCGUCAACAGCAGGGAGCUCCAUGUUCCUGGACGACAUUAAGCAUGAGGUCAUGGUGAACUACCUGUAUCAGCAACAAUGCUCCCAACUCUGGGUCAGUGAUGGAUCGGGUGAGAUUGAGGGUGUUCUUCUUAGAAAGGUGCGAGGCCACUACAUGGCCUGCCCUCCUCAACUUGGAAGCUCGCCGUUCGCCCUGGCCUGCUCCGCCAUGAAUGUGCAGUCAGCCAUGACGGUCAACUCUCGGGUUAUCAAGACUUUCCUGCAGUGGUCCCCCGACGCUGUCGAUGUGCCACUGAUGAACGGCUUGCGGGUGCAAAUCCUGCCCACAAUCGAGGAUCUUCCGCGUGCGCGCAAACAUCAAUUCGCUGCCUUUGUCGCUUCCGAGGGUCUGCUGGUUGUCUGGGAUGAUGAUCCGCUCCACCUCAUUUCGCGUGCCAAAGCCAUUGAGUCUGAGCUCAUGGAAAUUGUGUGGAAGGCGGGCAAUACGGAUGACGAAGAGGACGAAAAGAGGGGCGGCCACGUCGUCGAGGCCGAGAUUGAUGAAGAGAGCGGCGAAGUCAAGCCCGAAAAGCGACCCAUCCACCUCCAGAACUCAGUCUUGGUGUCACUGACACUCAUACUCGUGACCGUCUCUCUUGGGGCCGCCUGGCGCGAGCUGGCCAUCGAAGUCUCCGUCGAUGGCAGCUAUAUUCGUUUGGCACUCGUGGCCUUGUUCCCCAUCCAAAUCUUCUUCACUCUCUUCUUCGCCCAGGUCAUCGUCGGUUGCUUGGCUCAGAUCUUCGGUCCCAUCCGGCAGCUCACCAUCAACUCCAAAUUUUACUCGGCACGACCUCCGCCCCGCCUGCAGACGCUGGUGCUGCCUCACAUCACGAUCCAGUGCCCUGUCUACAAGGAGGGUCUGCAAGGCGUCAUCAUCCCCACCGUCAAGUCCAUCAAGCAGGCCAUGUCGACCUAUGAACUUCAGGGCGGGUCAGCCAACAUGUUUGUUAAUGACGACGGUCUGCAGCUCAUUUCAGAGGAGGAUCGCCGUGCCCGUAUCGAAUUUUACGCGGACAAUAGCAUUGGCUGGGUCGCGCGUCCCAAGCAUGGCGAGAACGGCUUCCUGCGCAGGGGCAAGUUCAAGAAGGCCUCCAAUAUGAACUAUGCUCUCAUGAUUUCUUGCAAGGUCGAGGAGAAACUGCAGGCCAUCAACCGGCCCCAUGAGUGGAGUCAGCACGACGAGGCACAAGCUUAUGAACAAGCUCUCAAGGAAGUCCUGGUCGAGGACGGCCGUGCCUGGGCGGAUGGCAACAUUCGUGUUGGCGAUUACAUUCUCCUCAUCGACUCGGAUACGCGUGUCCCUGCUGAUUGCUUCCUGGACGCUGUCUCCGAAAUGGAACAGUCUCCAGACGUCGGUAUCAUGCAGUUUUCAUCUGGUGUGAUGCAAGUUGUGCACACCUAUUUCGAGAACGGCAUCACAUUCUUCACCAACCUCAUCUACUCGGCCAUCCGAUACACCGUGUCCAACGGUGACGUUGCUCCGUUUGUCGGCCACAAUGCCAUUCUCCGGUGGUCUGCCAUUCAGCAGGUUUCCUACCGAGAUGAGGACGGCUAUGACAAAUUCUGGUCCGAGAGCCACGUGUCUGAAGAUUUUGAUAUGUCGCUCCGCCUGCAGUGCAAUGGCUACAUCAUCCGUCUUGCCGCGUGGGCUGGUGAGGGCUUCAAGGAGGGCGUGUCGCUGACCGUGUAUGACGAGCUUGCGCGAUGGGAAAAGUACGCCUACGGCUGCAAUGAACUGCUCUUCCACCCCAUCCGCACUUGGCUCUGGCGCGGCCCCUUUACCCCUCUGUUCCGCCGGUUCCUCUUUUCCAACAUUCGUUUUACCUCCAAGAUCACGGUUGUGUCGUACAUAGGAACGUACUAUGCCAUUGGCGCGGCCUGGGUCAUGACGACCGUCAACUACUUCCUCAUGGGCUGGUUCAACGGGUACCUGGACAAGUACUAUGUCGACUCCUGGAAGGUGUGGUUCUCCAUCAUCAUCGUCUUCAACGGCCUCGGCAAUGUCGCUCUGGCAGUGAUGCGGUAUCGUGUCGGCGAGCGCAGCAUUCUUUACGCGCUGAUUGAGAACUUCAAGUGGACCAUUAUGCUGGCAAUCUUCUUGGGUGGCCUGUCGCUGCACGUUAGUCAAGCGCUGCUGGCUCACAUGUUUGAGAUCAACAUGACCUGGGGGGCCACGAGCAAGGAGGCGGAAUUUUCCAACUUUUUCAUCGAGGUUCCCAAAGUUUUGAAGAAGUUCAAGUUCUCCAUUUUGUUUUCGCUCCUGGCCACUGCCGGCAUGAUCAUCAUGGCCGUCGCGCCGUUUGUGCCUCACGACUGGCGCAUCACCGACUUUGUCGCCAUCCUGCCCAUGGCCACCGUCGCCGCGAGUCACUUCCUGCUGCCGUUGGCGCUGAACCCAGCCCUGAUGACGUUUUCAUGGUGA